AUGGCAUCGCUAAAAGCAGCUGAUCUGAACCACCAAGCGUCUGAAACCUCCUCCGCGUCUCUCGAUUCCGCCGCCUUAGCCUUCGCACUCGAUUCUAACGCUUUAAACUCUCUAAACUCUCUUAACUCCGCGCCUGCUCCUCCCUACUACAGUCCCGGUUCCGAGGGUUUCCAAGCAAGCCUCCUGUCGCCCGGGUUUGGCGGCUCGAACGACGACGAGGAUUCGCUCCUUAAUCGACUCGGUUUCUCAGCUUCCCCCACUUCCCCUCCAUACCCCAACGCUGCGGAUGAUUUAGGAGGGGCAGUCGGGGCAGCUGGGGGCGGGGCAGGGGACGGGAGAGAAAGAGGAGCAGCGGGGGAAGCGUCUGGGGGGGCUCCAGUGUUGAGAGGCGCGGGGGCAUGGGCGGGCGCAGGUGGCGGCGGCGGCGGCGGCGGUGGCGGGGGCGGGGGCGGGGGCGGGGCGUCGUUCGCGGGGCUGCAGCGCGCGGGCAUGCUGUCGCGCGAGCAGCUCAUGGCGUUCUUCCGCGCAUUCACUGCGCUGCUCGACUCCAAAGAGGCACGAGCACAGAUCAAGAGCAGCGUGCAGGAGGGCAAGUCAGCAUCCUCGGUGACUCGCCUCUUGAAGGAGCAGGUUCUGCUCGACAUGGGGAUAGAGCCGCAGUUUGGCAUGACUUGUGUGCGGGCCGUGCCGCUAGACUACAGAGAGGACCGGGACAUGGUGCUGCGCAUCUGCCACAUGCACGCCAGGGAGGAGGCAGCAUGUGACGAGGCGGAGUUGACACCGCUAGCUCUGGCACAGAAGAAGAUGCAGAUGCAGCUCAUGCAGCAACACCAACUGACGGUGCUGCAGCAUGUGCGCACGCUACCAGUGGACGAGCAGAGGGCGUUCCUGCAGUCAGUGCAGGGCAGUGUGCAGCAGGCACAGGAGCAGCGCGCACAGGGGAAGGAGAGGCCUCUGGUUCAGAGAGACGUGUGGGAGACGCUGCUGCAGCAGUGGCAGAGGCAGUUCAACCAGACGAGUGCGCGCACGUCCCUGACAGGCCCCGCUUGCGCCUGGGGUGCUCGGUCCUCCCCCCUCCACCUCCCUCUCCGUCUUCCCCUCCGCCUCCCCCUGUUCCGUUCUCCUUCCGAGUCAUCCUCUUCCUUCUCACCUCCCUCGCCACUUGCGCACCCGCUUCCUCGAACCUCUUCCCAUCGCCUUCCUCCCUCCCACGCCCACGCCGGCUCUACCUCUUCGUCCGAUCCCCCCCCUGCCUCUGACCGCCCUCAAAAUCCUCCUGCCUCCGACCGCCCCCCUCCUCCUCCUCCCCCCCCCGUCUCCCGCUCACCGCGCUCUUUCCUCCUCCCCCUCGCGCUCGCCGCAUGGUUGCUCCUCCUCGCCAUCUCCGCCUGGCUUCUCCCCCUACUCCCCCUCUUUUUCCCCCGCGCCUCCCCCGAACCUCCGCCACUCCUCCCCCCUGCGCCCUCUGUCCACUCCCUCGCCUCACUCCCUUCCCUCCCCUCCGUCCCGCUUGCGCCCGUUCCCCCUCCCGCGUCCCCCGUUCCCGGCGCCCCCCUCCGCGCCCCCUUCCCCCGCUUCCCGCACCUCGUGGGCCUGGUAGACGACACGGAGCCGCUCUUCGCGGAGGCGGCGCGGCAGAUGGCGCUCACGGGGGACUGGGUCACGCCGCAGUUCAACGCGCACCCGCGCUUCGACAAGCCGCCCCUCUCGUACUGGUUCAUGGGCGCCGCGCUGAGGAGUCUGGGCGGCGGCGCGUUGCUGGGCGCAGCAGGCGGAGCGGCAGGAGCGGGAGUGGCAGGAGCGGAAGCAGCAGCAGCAGCGGCAGUAGGGGUAGCGGCGUUGCCAGCAGUCACCAUCGCACCCAUAUUCGCGCUCUCCCUCGGCCCCUUCCUCUGGGGCUCUGUGGCGGUUUCAGACGCGCCUUUCAUCGCCACCACCGCCACUGCCAUCCUCGCCUUCUUCUGGGCCUAUGCCUCUCAUGACAACCCUCACAACCCCCCAUCCCACCAGCCUUCUCACCGCCGCUCCUCCCACGACGACACCCCCCCCUGCGCCUUCCCCCGCUCCUCCCCUCACUCCGCACCCCUCUCUCCCCCCCGUUCCUUCCUAAGCCCCGCGCUUUACCUCCUCUCCGCGCUCUCCCUCGCAGCAGCCUGUCUCACCAAGGGUCCCUUGGGCGUCCUCCUUCCCUGCCUCAUCAUCUCCCUCUUUCUCACCCUCUCCGGAACCUUCUCCCUCCGCUCCCCCCUCGCCUUCCUCUCCUCUCUCCACGCUUUCCUCUUCUUCGAGCUCCCCUUCCUCCCCUGCCUUCUCCUUUUUCUCCUCACCGCGCUUCCGUGGUUUGUCGCUAUGGGAAAGCGGCACGGGAGCAUGUAUCUAAGCACGUUCUUUGGGUACCACCACUGGGAGAGAUUCGCUAAGGGUGUGAACCACCACGGGAACAGGCCAGUUCUGUACCCGUUAUUAGCCUGCCUGCUGCUGUAUUUCCCGUGGUCCCUGCUCUUCCCCCCUGCCCUCCUACGCACAGCCACUGCUGCUGCUGGAGCAGUCUUAGAUAGGCACGGGUGGAGGAGAGAGGCAGCACAAGAGAAAGAGGAUGGAAUCAGGGAGACGACGGUUGUUGGGGGGGAUUCGAGGCGUGGGGAAGCAGGAGAGGAGGCAAGACAGGGUACAGGACAGGACUCAAGACAGGAGAGAAGGCAGGGGAGAACACAGGAGAGGGGGAAUUAUCUGGUGCUACUGGGUUUGGCGUGGGUGGCGUCUGGUUUCGGCUUGCUUGCUCUCUCUCGCUCCCAGCUCCCCUCCUACUACCUUCCCAUCGCGCCAGCUCUUGCUGCUGCUACCGGCAAAGCCUCCUCCCUUCCGCCCUCCCCCUCCUCCUCAACCCUUUCCUCUCCCUCCUCCUCUCCGUCCUCCUCCCCCUCCACUCCUAACUCCCCCUCCCACGACUUACCCCACUUGCUCCGCCUCUCGCCCGUCUCCCCACUGCUGCCCAUCCACUCAGCUCUGGUGCUUCUGCUACUGCCGCUCUUCCUGCGCCCCUCGCUCCUCAUAGCAGACUCGGUUCUGCAGCGCCCCUCCAGGGACCUUGCUCUCACUGCGGCGUCUUUGCGGCCUCCUGUGCAGUCACACUUGGAAAGACCAAGCGCGGGUAGAGAAGGGGAACCGACAGAAGCAGCAGUGCCAUCAGCAGCAGCAGCAGCAGCAGCAGCAGCAGCAGCAGCAACACCAUCACCAGCAACAGCACCAACAGCACCAGCACCAUCACCAGCAACAGCAGCAGCAGCGGCAGCGGCAUCGGCGGGGGAGGCGAUGGUGAUGGUGGGUGCGCGCAUGCCCAGUGUAGUAUUCUACUCGCAGCGGCCCGUGGCCUUUGUGGAGUCACAGCAGCACGCACACAGCGUGCUCGAGGGCCUUGCUGCUAGGGGGAGCAGGGGAAUGGAAGGGGGAGGGGUGGAGUCGGUGUUGGUGGUGGCAGAAGAGACACACGUGGAGGCGUUGCUCUCCUUACCAUCGUACCAAGGCACUGUCAUUGCACGGCAACCCGGCUACGCCUUGCUUCGCCUCCGCAUCCGCAUUUUCCCUCACUCUCACCCUCGUAGUGACCUUUGA